GAAGGCAAAGGAUAGAAAGCUCAUGAUGAAUCAUUAGGUCAUAUUCAUUGGGCUCAGUCAAUGCCUGCAGUCAGAUGAUUUCACUGGCUGUACAGAUGUCAAAAUCUCAUAUUUCAAAGUAUAAGUAAAAGUGUUAAAGUUCAGCUGCAGCAGGGACGAUUACAAAGCAAAUUAAGUGUGCGUGUCACUGUCUGCUGGGGUUAGAGUGUAACAGGAAGACCCAAAAAUGAGCAAGAAAGGCAAAAGAAGUUUCAAGGAAAAAUUUGCCUUGAAGAACAGCCUGAUUAAAGAAGCACUCUCAGAGUUCCUGGGAACUUUUGUAUUGAUAGCACUCGGAUGUGGGUCUGUUGCCCAAACUGUUCUUAGCCAUGGGGCCAUGGGUGAGUCUAUAACAAUAUACGUCGGGUUUGCAGUGGCAGUCACCAUAGCAAUCUAUGUAUCCGGAGGCGUGUCUGGUGGUCACAUUAACCCAGCAGUUUCAUUAGCCAUGUGUGUGACUGGAAGGUUGAAAUGGAUCAAAUUACCGGUCUACAUAUUAGCCCAACACCUGGGGGCAUUUAUUGGAGCAGUAGCUGUCUUUAGUGUUAAUUAUGAUGCGCUUAUGCAGUACAGUGAUGGAGAACUUACAGUCACAGGACCCAAUGCAACUGCACAUAUUUUUGCAACAUAUCCAGCUCCACAUCUGUCACUGAUAAAUGGAUUUGUUGAGCAAGUGAUGUCAACAGCUUUUCUUCUUUUGGGUGUAUUUGCCAUUUUCGACACCAAAAACAUAGGCGUACCCAAGGGCUUGGAACCAAUUGCAGUUGGACUUCUUAUCUUGGCACUUACUUGCUCCUUGGCAAUGAACAGUGGCUGUGCCAUGAAUCCAGCCAGGGACCUAGGCCCAAGGCUCUUCACAUUAAUAGCAGGAUGGGGAACAGAAGUAUUUACGGCUGGAAAUAACUGGUGGUGGGUUCCUAUAGUUGCACCUAUGAUGGGAGGAGUAAUUGGAGCCCUUAUUUAUGUUCUUUUUAUUGAAAUCCACCAUUUGGAUACUCAGCCAGAACAAGACACUGACAUGUAUACUAAAUAUGAACUUACCAACGUGGGCCAAUCAGUGGCAGCCUUCAUGUGAGCACCUGAAAGUACUUUACAAGCACAUAUUUACUGAACUGCUGGACCCACCGCUACUCACGCAGGUAAAGUAAGGCACCACAUGAUUAAAUAGCUUGUCCAACUUGGCAUAGGGCCUGAUCCUACUGUUGGGUGUCCUUAACUUCCACUGAAAUCAAUGCCUUUCAAGAAGGAAGCGAAACUACACACACACACACACACACACACACACACACACACACAUCAGUGCACUGGAGUAAUAGGCAUUACUUUAAGUGGAUGCUGCAGCCAAGUUUGCUGUGCCUGGAGUUUGCAUGAGAAGGCUACAGGUGAUAUCAUGCUUCCCACAUCAUAUUUUGUUAUUCCAUAGCUUUUAAGAGAAAACAGACUGGAUAAGCAGAAUGCAGGGGUCAAUGAUGUGCAACUGGCACAGCUCACACAGCGUAUGGACAACUACUCCACACCUGUGUCUCUGCAUCAUUGGCUGUAGCAUACAAAGUUCCUCUGCUGAAUUUUGCACAUAGCCUCCGGACUUACUACAGGUCAGCUCAUAGGCCAAAGUGCAUUGCCUAUUUAGGCUUGUCCUAAGCACUGUGUCUUUAUGGAAAUUCCUUCCCUCUGUUUAAAGUUAGCAUUGUAAAAGUUCACCAGUAGAAACAUACAGCAUGGAAACCUGUCUAAAAAUUACUCUCAUCUGGUUGUUGGCAAGCUUGUAUUUCCUAAGGACCUAUUCACUCCAAUUAAUUAUGUAACGUAUUUGUAAAUUCUAACUGUAAAUUAACUAGAUGCGUGUCAAAAGUUCCCUUUGACUUCAAAGUGCCAGGAUGUCAUCCAGAGAGGAAGUGCUAGGAGUUUUGGGAAGGAUCUGAUGCACCCUUCAUGCAUAACAAUAAGAGACUCACCUCCUGCUAGGGGUGGAAACUCAGCUAUCUUAACAAUGGCACCAGAACUAAUAUAAUGGAACAAGCGAAGUCUCUCUCUGCUCAAGCCUCGACUGACAUCCAGUUCUGCUUGUGCA